UACAAACUGACGUUCUAUCGAUGGAGAUGGAGAAUACAAACAAACAAAUCAUUUAAUUCUUUUUCACAAUAAUCGAAUUCAGAUUCUAUGUUGAUGUAAUUAUCCGGUGACGAUCAAUUGCCACCACGUGUCACCGUUGAUGCUCGCUAAAUUCAUCCAGAUAGCCCUCAAUUUUCCCUCCACAACUACCUCAUCUCAUCCCUAUCCACACACACACACACGCACCCCUGCGUAUUUUCUGUGUCACGUUUCGUUUCCUCGAAUCGCGGUCCAACUAUACCAGCUAAUAUCGUGGGCUAUAGAUACAUUCCAUUUGUAUGUAUAUGUAUAGAUAUGUGUGUUGGAGUGGCGGUUAUUUUAUAGAGUAGAGAGUGGCUUAAUUCGCAGAUUGAGAUAUACAUACACUUUUUUGUACGUAUAGGUUGGUUGUGUGGUGUUGUGUUGCGAUGGAUCACGCGGCGGAUGCUCACCGUACGGAUUUGAUGACCAUAACACGCUAUGUGUUGAACGAGCAGUCCAAGCACCCGGAAUCGCGCGGAGACUUCACCAUCUUGCUUAGUCAUAUUGUUCUCGGUUGCAAAUUCGUUUGCACUGCGGUUAACAAGGCCGGUUUGGCCAAGCUCAUAGGACUUGCCGGAGAGACCAAUGUGCAGGGGGAAGAGCAGAAGAAACUGGAUGUUCUCUCAAAUGAAGUCUUUGUCAAGGCAUUAGUCAGCAGUGGCCGAACUUGCAUCCUUGUCUCCGAAGAGGAUGAAGAGGCCACAUUUGUUGAUCCAGCCCUGCGUGGAAAGUAUUGUGUUGUGUUUGACCCGUUGGAUGGAUCAUCCAACAUCGACUGUGGUGUUUCUAUUGGAACUAUCUUCGGGAUUUAUGCAAUCAAUGACGGAGUUGACCCAAAGAUAGAAGAUGUCUUGCAGCCUGGGAAGAAUAUGGUAGCUGCAGGCUACUGUAUGUAUGGAAGCUCUUGCACGCUUGUUCUUAGUACUGGAAAGGGAGUUAAUGGGUUCACACUCGAUCCAUCUCUUGGUGAAUUCAUAUUGACUCACCCAGAUAUUAAGAUUCCCAAGAAAGGAAAAAUUUAUUCAGUCAAUGAAGGAAAUGCCAAGAAUUGGGAUGCACCAACCGCAAAGUAUGUGGAAAAAUGCAAGUUUCCCCAAGAUGGAUCGCCAGCAAAAUCUCUGCGAUACAUUGGAAGCAUGGUGGCUGAUGUCCACCGCACUUUGCUCUAUGGAGGCAUCUUUUUGUACCCAGCUGAUAAGAAAAGCCCAAAUGGGAAACUACGGGUACUCUACGAAGUCUUCCCUAUGUCGUAUCUGAUGGAACAAGCCGGUGGACAAGCAUUUACGGGGAAACAAAGGGCACUCGACUUGAUUCCUACAAAGAUACACGAGCGUUCACCGAUAUUCCUUGGUAGCUAUGACGACGUUGAGGAGAUCAAAGCGUUGUACGCUGCUGAAGGGCAAAAAUAAAGAAAUUGUAAUUCUACUUUUCAAUUACCCAGUUUGCAGAUAAAACUCUUAUCUGUAGUGAUACAUAAUGCUAUUCUUUAGAAUAUAGUUUCAGUUGGCUCCCCUAUA